CUUGGCAACGACAACAAAUCUUCAAAAUGGCGGCGACAAAUUUAUAUGAAACCCUCCGAUAACUAGGGCCCUAGAUUACUCAAUUCCAUCUCAAAUACAGAGGAAAAUGUCGAAAUCUCGAAGAGGAAAGAGUGCAUCAACUAACGAAAUAAGCCGCUGGGAGCAAGAACUCCUUCAAGCGCCAUUUAACGAGGAUUCCUGGAAGUCUUCUGUUGUAUUUACUGCCCCAAACAGCGUAGAUGACAACAUUUUCCUGGACAUUCUGUCUGAUGUAAUAGCUACUGGACUAAGAAAACUGUUUAGUGUGAUCACGUAUGACGGACUUAUUAAAGAUGCCAGAGAAUACGGAAAACCACAGACAGGUGGAGGGAAAGGGAAGGGGGCAGCGUCCUCUAAGCCGCCACCCUUUCAUGAGGUGUGUGAGCCGGUCAAGGCGCUUGUCGACCAAGGAGAACCUAUCCCUCCUGCUCUGAUGGCAAAGCUAUUGAAAUUCAAGCUGUUGCACAUUAAGCAAAAGGAUUUUGAUAGACGAGAAGAGGAGAGGAAGGCUGCCAAGGCAGCAGAGUCAGGUAAAAAGGAUGACAAAGGAGGCAAAAAGUCCCACAGUCCCUCAGGGAAGAGAUCCAAAUCCCCAGGAAAGGUCAAGAAAGGGAAAAAGGGAGAGUCAGACAUGCCACCAUCUCCCAAGAAGGAGAGCAAGUUAAAGAAGAGAGGGGAUGUAGAAGAUACAUUCAAAACCAUUGAUGAUGAGCCUGAUGAGAAUGGGAGUCCUCAGCAUUACGUGAUCAUCCAUGGCGUUCUUAUGGCACCUGUUCUACAACACCUGUCAGACAUCGGCAUCAGCGUUGAUGCCAUCAUCCGUGUGAAAGCCGAGAGUUAUAAGAGAUUUAAGGCAAAGCCUGUUAAGGAUGACGCAGACAAGCUAGCUGAGGUGCCUGAGGGAGAAGCUGUUGAUGCAGCGCUGCAUGCAGAAGAUGCUGCUGCAAAGAGGAAGGAAGCAGAAAAGUUGCUGGAGACCUUUUGGGCGGAGUCUGACAGUAUUGUUCUCAAGGCGCCGUCAGGGCAUAGACUUAAGGAUAUUGCCAAAUAUGAGGUUGUGGUCAAAGACAGGACAGUGCCAGAAGAGGGUUUAAAUACCCUGGAUGGGGACAAAAGGACUGAAUUUGGUACUGUGAUAUUUGAAGAUGUGGCCGUCACUUGUUAUGACAUGUUGGACCAUUACCUACAGUACAAGCAGUACCUUGACGCAAUGAAGCUCCUACACAUACGCACCCUCCCUCCAACCCCAUCCUCUGGCCUGCAGGCAUCCUCAGUUACAGACAUCCCAUCGGCGAAGAACCUCGCCACGACCACACCAGAAGGAGCAGCCCCUGUUUCUAUUGAACCUGACAAGAGAUACUACAACCACCUCAUGGAGGGUGUCCCGCCUGACAGCCAGAGUGUCCCCCUGAUCCUGAACUGUCUACUGGAGCAGGUGUGUGCUAUUGUAGAUGAGAACAACCCUCUAGACAAAGAGGAUCCCCCACGGGAGGAUGGGAUGAGUCACCUUCUAGCGUCCUACAUCAUGGGCAAAGCAGGCAAACUUGCACUCAAAGAUGAUGAGAAGCAGUCUAUCCUAGAGCCCAUGGCAGCAGACAAAAAGCCUCAGCCCUCAGCCUCGCCAAGCAUGCUUUACCAUGGUGACCAGCUGACGUCACGCUUGCACCAUCUGACGUCAGUAAACGGCCUCGACCCCAUGCAAGCCGAGCUCAGCAUGCUGCAACACUUCUCUCAAAACAAACUCAUGGAACUCCCGCCAAGAAAAGAGCGGGAAACGGCCGAACGGGCCGCUCGCGCUAAUGAGCUACGUCACUUCUGUGCCCCGGAUGUAGAUUCUGGUUUGUUGGAGCAUGCACUUAAGCAUUAUGCGUUUGAAGGAAUGCUACUGAAGGUAGCCAAUGAGGAGGGAGAGAUCAUCGACCCUCGACAUCUAGACGAGGCUUUUCUGUCAUACUCAAAUCCAUGGGAUUAUCCGUACACGAGGCUAGAGGAGUUUAGAAAGGUGAAAUUCUGUAGCGAUGACUCAGGACAACUGAAGAUCUCCGCUUUAGACUCGAGCGAGACACCACUGACGUCAUUCCGUAACCUUGACGACUGGUGCUUCAUGGAGCAUCUGGAUCACAAUACUUUACUUCAGGUGUUGAAAGAGGCCCAGUUCACCCUACCCUACCUGGACACCUACUACCACAAGCGCGACCACACCCUUCUUCUGGCCCUUCACAACCCAGUCGGACAGGACGGUCGCAGCAGCUCUUCCUGGAAUAGCAAGCUGCACUCGAAUGUCGGAUUCAGAAAUUACCUGGACCACGUGGUUAGCUCUAUCGACUCGUGGGUACAAGAGAAGGAGAGAGCUAAGAGAGAAGCUACAAGGACACCCACCCCUCCCCCACCGACUAUUGAUGAGCCGACACCCCCCUUGAAGGUUGGAAGUCGGUACGGGCUGAUGACCCGGUCUGAGAUGAAUGCUCUGAAGGCUGAGGAGGAGGAGAAGACCAAGAAAGGCAAAGGAAGGAAAAGCGCACGUGGGAGCCGAUCACCCAAGCGCAGCACCAAGUCGCGAGAGAAGGAAGGGGAGUCACCGGACAAGAAGGACAAAAAGCGCGAGGGCUCGGCGGGCAGCCGCCCCAAGUCAGGUCGGACUCCAUCUGCCCGUGGGUCCUUAUCCGUCAAGAGCGCGGCAAGCAAGGGGGACAAGCCCAGGGGCCGUACUCGCUCGCGGAUGAGUGACCCUGAGCCUGAACCUGAGGUCCCAUUAGAAGACAUUACCAUCGAGGAACACUUCGAUUUCAUUGGCUAUGACGUGGGGGACAAUCUGAUACACGCUUCUGGGUCCCUGUCUACUUUGUUUCCUUGCGAUGGUGGCCAGAUUCGCGUUGAUAAGACCUCGUACGUGCAAGGGCCUCAAAAUGUCAGGGUCUCUGUGUACAAGGAUGGGAACAUUUUCGUGCUGCAUUUCCUCGAGCCUACAGAGGAGAUUCUAACGAUCGAGCAGAUCGAGGGCUCGCAGAUCACCGAAAAGCCAGAAGAAACCGCAACAGAUGUCGCCAGUGUUGAUAUAAAAGAAGAGGGGAUUGAAAAGAGUGAGACCGAAGGCAAUGAGAAGGAAACCAAGGAGGAACCGAAACCAAAGGGGCCCAAACCAUUCUCUGAUUUUAGUUCCUUUGUGGCCCAGUUCAGUGAUGGCAUGACCCUGACCCAUAGCGGGUAUGGGCCCUCAGGGCGCCUUCAUGGUAAGGUUGGUAAGGAACCUGAUAGUCUGGCUGGGCCUGUACCUACCGACCCAAGUGCCACGACUCAUGGCACUCCAAGCCCACAGCCAGCCAAAGUGGGGUCCCCAAAGGCGAGGAAAAAGGCAGACGAGGAUGCGAAAAGACUUGAAGAGCUGCAACAACAACAACAAGAAGAAGAGCGUGCGCGUCUUGUAGAGGAAGCCAAUCAGAGAGCAGCAGAAGAACGCCAGAAGAAGCCCUUCCAGAACCUUUACAUCACGUGUCCUGAUGGCCUUCACCUCGAGUACUUCAACGAUGGGACCUACGACAGUAUUGGCGACAGGGGUGGGGUCGGGGUGCGACAAAGGUACCCUGUCAGGGGAGGGGGUAAGCAGCAUUGCGAUGAGGCAAGGCUGAAACCUGCUAUGGAGGAGCAGUCGCGGACUGUGCUUACUGAUGGGACUAUCAUCAAGUUGAUGACGGACGGUAGUGUGCAAGUCCUAUUCCCCGAUGGAGCCCUGGCGAAAUGUCCCUCACUCCCUAUAAAAACACAAGAACCUGUUAGCAAACCCAACAGCGCUAGCGGCCCUAGACCACAGGAAUCCCAGCAGCCCAAGAAAUUAAUACGGCCACAGGGAUCCCAGAAAUCGGUGGAGGAACCGAUGCCAGUGAUAAGUGUACCUGAAAAAAUAAUUAAAUGGACCGCUACAGGGAACGAUGGAAGGAGGAUCAUGACACAGCCUGAUGGUGAGGUAGAGGUGGUUGAUCCAGUGCUGAUGUCUAGUGUGACAUGUCCAGAAUCUGGACAGGUUCUGCGCACGCGUGAGGACAAUGUUGUCACGGUGGAAAGGCCUGAUGGGACGUUCAUCGUCGAACACGCUGAUGGGUCACGUAUCACUACAUUUUACCGACAACAACAGCAAACACAAGCUCCAGAUAACGAGCUUGGAUCACAGGCUCAGUAUAGCACGGUCAGCGGUAAGUUCGUGAAAGUAGAGUGCCCAGGUUUCUCCACCCUUGUGUUCGAGUGCAAGACGGGCUCAUGUCAGACGUUGUUUGGUAACGGCGUGGAAAUGAAAACAGCGGCGGAUGGCGAGACCGUCAUCGACAGACUGGACGGCUCAAGGCUUCACCUCGACGCUAAAGGUGUGAUGUCUUUUGUUCCCCGCGAACUUGCCGAUAAAAUCGUCUUCCCGCCAGCAAAAGCAACAAGCAAGCCUUCAGAUACGCCUUCAGAUACGCCUUCAGACACGCCAGCGGGUGUGUAUGUCAUGCGCACUAACCGGCAAAAUUGCUGCGAGCUGCAGGACACUAAAGGUUCCCGCUUUUGCGUCAUCUCGAACGGUAACGUGACGGUGGAAAGAGACUGCGCUAAAAAACCCGAAUCACGUGACGCGCAGACUGUCACUAGUGAAGAAGACAAGCCAGCCUCACUAGAAAGUACAGUGGUAACCGCGCCUUUGACAUCACUAGUUCCCAGGUAUUUCAUUAUCCACGCGGACGGGACUGGGUCGGAGCUCCUCCGCGAGUGUGACGUCAGGGAUUUCUUAUCCCAGGCGGAAAAGGACCCUGCCACUGCCCUGCUGAGGGCCCCAGUGGAGGGACAUCCGGAAGUUACUGGGAUCACCGUCAUGCGACCUUACUCCGGCGGUAUCAGCAAGAUAUGGCUUCGGCAAAAGGAUGAAGAUACCAUCAUUCCACGCGCUCUGCGUGAGCGAGAUUUCAAAAGCCUGCCUUCCCACGAGGAUAAGACUCCGGGGCCCAAGUUCGGUACUAAUGUCGGGGCUGGUGUGAGCGUUGGGACAGUCCCAAAACAAGAAGCACAACCGCUGAUCACGUGCCCGCGGGCUCUUGAGUUCCGCCAGCUCAUCCAGUACAGACCGCUGACACUACAUGACCGUCAGCUCAUCGUAAAAGCAAUAGAAAACUACAGCGAGUAUGUGGAGAAGCGAGAGAAGAGACUGGACUCUAUUCUACCACAGGACCCCCGCGAGGAGAGCGAGAAACUUGCGGCGGAACAGUUGGAGCUUAAAAUGGCAGAAGCCCAAACUUCUACGGACCCUCCCCUCCCCCCUGCUAAAGACACAACAGAAAUCAAUGAUGACGUGCAGGACACCGCAAACCAGCUAACCAACCAGAUCGCAGGUUCAGAAGUCAGCAAGGCUUACGUAGAUGCCAUUACUCCCGAACCAGUACCCAAGCCGCCACCUCCGAGAUGGAAGAGACCUGGUACCGAGUGGGAGAGAGAUAAGAUUGAGCUGGCCGAAUUGGAGUAUGGGAAACACGCGCUCAGAUACCAGGAGGUGCCGAACUAUUUCGAAACAGCACAGGGUCAAGAGUUUCUUCGCCACACAUACACCAACGUACCAGACAUGGACGCGCUGACCGCAUCCUUAGCACAGCAAUCCCGACACCCUCCCCCUGGGAAAGCAAGCAUUCCGGACACACCUGUCUCUGAUAAGGCAUCUGACAAGAAUCCUGAAGUAACAGAGCCUUCUUCAUAUGUCAACACCGAGAUGGCGUCCCCUGCAGCAGCCGGUAGCAGCAGCAUCACACCAAGCAAUCUACGCCCUACUAACCCCACCCCUGUCCACGCUACAGACGGUGGCACCCCCACCCCUCUCAGACCAACCAACCCGACGCCUGCCCAUGCAGCCAGCAAGCCGUCCAACCCGCGACCUAGCAACCCCACACCAAAACAUGCUAUGGGAGAGGGGGUAAGCGACAAUUCAGCUGAACCACCAUCCCCAGGGGAGUCCCCACAGUGGCGCAACAACCUGGAGUCCGUACAGGAAGUAACCGCAAACGAACAGGAUGAUGGGAUAGCUAAUGCUGUGCCUCGAUCUGAGGAGGAUGAUGAGCCAAUCAGCGAUACACCGGGAGAGCCCAAGUUCGGCCCUCGCAGUCUUUAUAUUGACGUCUCCGGCGAAGUCCGUAAAGAUGCUGUUCGUCUUCCCACUUCUAUUCUCAGCUCCAGGCCCGGCGCGCUUCCGAACACACAGUUUAUGGAAAUCGAAGACCCAGUUCGUCGCCGAGUUCACACAGUCUCUGUUGCUGGGGGCAACCAGUUGAGUGAUGGGCGCAUGGAGAAUCUGCGUGGGUUUGAACUCCUCCCCCCUAAGGUGUCUUUUGGCACGCUGAAGGAGGGAUGCACCUACAUCAACACUGUGCUCCUGAAGAAUGUCGGGAUCGAUAGCUGCCGAUUUAAGGUCAAGCAACCGCCACCAAGCACUGGACUGAGGGUGUUAUACAACCCAGGACCGGUUGCCGCCGGUAUGAGCGCCAAGCUGGACGUGGAGAUCUUCGCUGUGGCUGUCGGCGUGUCCGGUGAGUCUGGAGUUGGCCAUGUCGGACACCACGUGGAGAUAGUGACGGAGACAGACGCUCUUUAUCUACCUGUUUAUGCAACCAUAUUGACAUCAUUUGAAUACGAAAACCGCUUCGGCAAUGAGGACAGCGGUAUUUCCAAGGGAACCAAGCGCGUGCCUAAUAGACCUCCUUCCCGAGAUCCAACACGGCCACGUAAAGCGGAGGACUACGAGCUGAUUGGUGCAGAUUCAUGAGCAUGCAAAGAGGGAUUGAGGAUUUGCCGAUCACCGUGUAGAUAAUUCAAAAUAUUUUACUUUUUCUAAAGCGUAAAAUGACUUGUAAAAAAUGUAGAAACAUCUUGUAAAGUAUUGAACAGUUUUACUGCGUGUAAUUAAAAUAUUUCUUUAUUACUA